AUGGAAAACAUACAUGAACAAGCUGCACAAGCGGCUGCUCGUAGUAUGAUGUAUCAGGCGCUUGUGGCCUUCUUCUGUUCAGUGUUUCUGCCAUUGGUGGUCGCUCCAAGGCGAGAGCAGAAAAUCGUUCUCCAGUUGCCUCAAAGGAAUGAAGCUACGGGACGGAAAGUCCACCGAUUAUUUCAAAAGCGAUUGGACCUCGUCACUGUUUGGCUCUUCAGUCACGGUAUCUUCGCGUCAUGCCUCUUCGCUACUUUGUGGACGAAAAGCCAUGCUGGAAUAACUGUGAUAUAUGCUAUCAGUGGAUUCCCUAGUGCAUUGCUUCAUUGGGCACCACAUGCACUUCUCGGAGAAGCUAUUCUAGCAGAGCAAGAGCUGGGUAGUCCGUCUUCUGAAGUGUCUUCCUUGAUGAGCAGAGAUGAAGUAGAGAGUUUUGAUGCCAACUUGGCCUCCCCAACACCACUGCCAACCUAUACUCAUGUGAAAGACAACCCAGGCAUCGUCCUAGUAGGGCACCUUUGUUUUUUGCGUUUAAGAUAA